AUGGAUGAUGAUGAUGCCGAUUACAUGCAGGGUUCCGACGACGAGGAUUACGGCUUUGCCUACUCAGAUGAUGAUGAUGGGAAUGAGGGUGCAAGCGCAGAUGUUGAGAACAUGUACUAUACGGCGAAGUCCAAAAAGGAAGAUAACCCAGAGCAGGCCCUGAAGGACUUCCGUGCUAUCGUAGAGCAAGAAGACGAGAAGGGUGACUGGGGCUUCAAGGCUUUGAAGCAGUCCACCAAGCUGCUGUUCUUGGUUUUGCAUCGACCCGCUGAUGCGCUGAAAACAUACACUGAGCUACUCUCGUAUACCAAGUCUGCUGUCACUCGCAACUAUGCCGAAAAGACGAUAAACAAUAUUCUGGAUUAUGUCGGUGGCGGCAAAGGUGGCCCCGUCGAGGUCGGCGUGUUGGAACGCUUCUACGAAGCCACCAAAGCUGCUCUUGCUGAAGCGAGGAAUGACAGGCUCUCAGCAAAGACAAAUCUCAAGCUAGCUAAGCUGUGGCUUGACCGCAAAGAAUACGGUCGACUGCAGAAGACCUUGAAUGAACUAUACAAGUCGACUGUCGGCGAAAGCGGUGAGGAUCAAGCACAGAAGGGAACACAGCUUUUGGAGAUCUAUGCGUUAGAGAUCCAAAUGCACAACGAGCGCAAGAAUUACAAGAAGUUGAAGGAGAUCUACAACGCCUCCAACGCAGUCCGAUCUGCCAUUCCUCAUCCGCGCAUCAUGGGUAUCAUUAAAGAGUGUGGAGGAAAGAUGUGGAUGGGCGAACGACAAUGGAAUCGAGCCAGCGAGGACUUCUUCGACUCCUUCAAGAACUAUGACGAGGCUGGUUCUCCGCAACGGAUACAAGUUCUCAAGUACCUCGUCUUGGCGAACAUGCUCACGGGCAGUGAGGUCAAUCCCUUCGACAGCCAAGAAACCAAGCCGUACAAAAAUGAUCCACAGAUCAAAGCUAUGACAGACCUCGUGGAUGCGUACCAGCGACGCGAAGUUCAUGUGGCGGAGAAACUUCUUGCAGACAACAAGGCAACCAUCAUGGAUGAUGCUUUCAUCAAGUCCUAUAUCGGCGAGCUGCUGCGAAGUUUGCGAACACAAUAUCUCAUUGAUUUGAUCAAGCCAUACACUCGCCUUGAGCUGUCUUUCCUCGCGAGGCAAUUGAACGUGGACACUGACAUGGUCGAGGAGCUUCUCAUCGGUCUCAUCCUCGAAGGCCGUAUAGAGGGCCGGAUUGAUCAGGUCGGCAUGCUGUUGGAGCUAGAGUCCAAGCAGAGUCUCCAGAAGAAGCGAUACGGUGCCUUGGAAAAAUGGACGACUGCCCUGGAGAAUAUCCACUCCGCCGUCAUCGGCAAGAACCACGGCGGUGGGCGUGGCGAGUUCGCGUAUGGCAUGGGUGACAGCAUGGGCCCAGGACCUGAUAGGUGGUGA